AGUAAACAUGUCCUUACUUUCUAUAACUCUUCACUUCCGAACGGUGCCGUCCCAGAAUGGAGCGCCUUCUUUAACCUCACCACUUCUGGGUCCGUCCCACCGGAUUAAAACCUUCUUGUGACAUUCAUAUUCACCUCCUCCUGCGACAGGCAGACCAAAAUGCCGCCGCCCCGCCGCAAGAAGCCCCUUUCGCUCAGGAUCCGACAAUGGAUCCAUCGGCUUCGGACAUGGCGCUCACCGUUAAACCUACGAGGCAGCCUGACGAGACUCCGGGCCUUUGAAAAACACCCGCUCUGGGCCCUUCUCCGCCUUUUUGUCCCCUUUCCUUCCUGGAAAUUCCCCGUGUCUGAUACCGUGCCGGCGAUGGAAAUGAUCGGGAAUGAAGAAUUAUUGCUACUGCGCCAUGAUAAUAUGAUAGACCUGGAGAGCAUCCCGAUCUGGCGCGUCCGGGAUACUCCCUUACGCUGUGUGUACAGAAUGUAUGAAGCUAUGGCGUCGGGGGUUUACGAGGUACUGGGCACCGAAACGGAAUAUUUUUGGUAUCAGAAAGGCUGGUCGUUGCAGUCGAUCAGCGAUCCCCGGGACGACGAUUCCGUGCGUUACGCCAUGAUCGCUUGUCUUGUUGAAGAGCUUGUUGUCGCGUUCAACUGGCGCUUGAGUUUAGGAAUGCGUCGAAACCGCAAGCACAUCAUCCGGAAGACGGAAGACGACCCGUGGCCCCCGUAUACACCGCUGGUCGGCCCAACAUGGACAGACUCUGUUCCCGCGCUCGCAGUCGCCGAUUUAGACGGAUUACCUGAGCGGUACAUAUCGAAAGAAGGCAAGCUCGUCUUAGAGGAGGGAGGAUUAAAUAAAAUCUUUGCGCGCCGGAACAUGAUCACGAAUGUCGGCUGGCUUUAUACGAUAUGAACCCCAAGCCCUACGCUACCACAUUCACGUCUCAAAGUAGGGGGUCAUCAGCUCAAGACAGACGGUGUACAUCAUUGUCGGAUGCAGUCGGCAUUUC